AAAAGAAAAAAUGCUGAUGCUCUCAUGGCUCUCGAUUGUCAUAAUGAUUCUUGUCGAUGCUCGAGUUGAGGGUUUAACCAAUGGGGUGAAGCAUACCAACGUACUGGGAGGUCUGGAACAACACGCCUCGUUUAGUUUCGUAAGACCUGGUCUCACCCAGACGGCAUUUGCCUUCAAUGGUCCAUCAUCGCACCAAUCGUUCAGCUCCAGUGUUGGCGAUCCUUAUUUAGUUAACAAGGCUCUGCCAGGUGUUGCUCAUGCUUUGGCUUAUCGUAAUCCCGGCCUAGAUUUAGGUUUUGCACCAGUUCACCACGGCCCCGUCGCACCAACGUAUAAUAUCGGCUCACCAGCCCCUGCCAUCUACCCAUCACAGCCACUUGAUUACCAGCAGCAACAAGCCUUGGCAUUGGCAUAUCAACAUCAACUGCAGCAGUAUCAUCAAUACCAGCAGCAACAACAGCCAGUCUUUUCAGAAUACAUUCAGCAAUUACAAGGUCAGCAAAUUAACGCAGACAUUCAAGAAAAUGUACAACAUCCCCAUCAUUCUCGACUUUUACCAGUGAGGUACACUCCUAAUACCCCAUUAGCCGGAGACUCUAUUCCCGAGCAACUUCAACUUCAACUUCAGCAUCAGCAUCAGCAUCAGCAGCAUCAGCAGCAACAAGUCCAAUCUCAGCCUCAGCAACCGAGGCGAAAUUUAUUAGGCAUUGCGUACUCCUCUUCUCCAUCAGUGGCUCAUGUUAAAGUCAGCGGUAAUGGCUACAAAAUUCACUUUUAAUCAAUUCCAUUCACAUUGAUUUGUUGUAAAUUUUGAAAAUAGCUAUUCUGAACAAAUUAAAAAAGAAUGGAAAAACCUAAAUGUUUAUGAACUGUCUAGAAAGUG